UUCAAACUAGCCAGACUUAUUCUGUUGACUUUGGCAAAUUUUGAACUAUCCCCUUAUGGAAUGAUACCCUACAGUCUGAUGGUAUCAAUACAACAAUUGAAACUGUACUGUUUGGAUUAAGAACAUUUUACUUUUGGAACUGUUGCGAAACUAGCUUCUCUAAUGUAAGAAAUACUUGUGGAAACUUUGAAGACUCUAUUCCUAAGUGAAUGAAAAAGGAAUCGCAGGCCUGCAACCUUUCAAGACUUCAUUUCUGGGAAAGCUGAGUCAAUUUGACUUAUCGUGCUUUGGUUUACUAACAAAGGGGACAGAAUGUCACAGGUUCUUCAAUCCACACUUCAUCCAGGCAACAUCGAGUUGUCUCGCAUGUGCACCAGUGCAGAUGGAAAGAACGAAUCCCCAUAUUCUGUGGAAACCCCUUAUGGUUUCCAACUGGACCUGGACUUUCUGAAGUACGUGGAUGACAUUGAGAAAGGAAAUACCAUCAGGAAGGUUAAAAUACACAAGAAAGCCAAACAACAAAAAUGUAAUACAUUGCCAAGAAAUUUCAGCGUGCCUGAUACACGGUUUUCCUCAGCUGAAUCCCUUUCCUUCAGAAAACAAGGGGAGAAGUCAUUGGCACCUCCUUUCUGGCAACGUACUAAUGGAUGUAAAGUGAGCGGUAUUCAAAAAUUAUUCAUACGUUCCCCAUGUAAUGUUGACCCAGCAUUAUCAGAAUGCAACAAGCAUGAUUACAGAUCCGUAAAAACAAUAUCUGACACCAGGGGAAGGCCGAGAGGGAAUGAGAAGUUUCAACGUUGGGUGAGACCUCCUUUCCUUCGAGCAGCCAGCAUGCCCACUAAUUUCAAAGAACUGAGUUUGGAAGAACAACAUCGAAACCUUUCCUCAUUCCAGCAGAAAUUAAAGUGUUUGGACAGUGAUGUCCUUCAUAAAUCGGGUGAUGUAGUGGCCCAGCAGAACUCCACCACCGCUGAAGCAAAAUCACGGUCAAAGCUGAUACCAACACAGCUCUCUCAGAUACAGCAGCCAGUCAAUAUUUCCCAAGGUAAAUCAAAAAAUGUGGAAGAGCAAGUAAAAAACAUUUCCGAACUUAAAAAACAGAUACUUAUAUUGCAGGAAAAGAACAAACAGCUUAACAUUCAAAUAAAAAAUCAACAGAGCAAUGUGCAGAAUAUGAGUUAUGAGUUACAGGUAAAAGAGAAUGGCAAUAUCAACAAAAUGGAGCAUGUCAGUAAAGGAAGUCAAGGUCAUCCAGCAGCAACAAUAGGCUCCAAAGGGCAAGUGUUCUGUUUAAUUAAAAGUCCAACACCUGAAUUAUUUAUGCCAAAUGACAAUCUGGAACGUGAAAGAAUUUCUGACCUGAAUUACCAAAAUAAAUUUUCUUCAGAUUUUGCAGUAAGUGAAAACAAGAACUUGGACCCUAUUCCUCACAAUGAAUUAUUUCAGAACUUUUGUGCUGUAGGAGGUGACAGAAUGAGAGAUGUGGCUACUCAGGUUAUUGAAGAGGAGUUGGGUUUGGCAUUGGGGGCACACCCAAAGAAACUGGUCAUUAAAGAACUAAGAACCGCUGCUUCCAUACUGGAGAAACAGUUUGAAGCCAGAAGCCAAGAAGAAAAGCCCGACCCCCAAGGUGCUAUGCUUGAUGACAUCAGGGUUAGCCUUUACUCAGAGACAUCACAAGGAGACCAGUCUAUGCAUUUGGAAAAGACAGGUGAACAAGACAAAUCCGAAAUCGAUGUGACCCUUAAUCAACGAAGGGAUGUUGAGGCUACUGAACCAAAGCUGAGUGAAGCAAAGGGAAAAUACAUAGACAGGAGUGACCUACGCCCAUUCACUAGGUCAGUAGGCUGUGGAGAUUGUACUGUAAAUGUAACAAUCGCAACAUUAAAAGAGACACGAAGUUUUGGAGUCAACACAGAUUGUAUCAGUGUCAGCCAUGCAAAAAUUAUGGCAACAGUUGAAACAAGUGACAAAGCAACGGAUGCUACAGUCAGGGUGUACAGCAAAGCUGUCGAGACUGAGCAUGAACCAUCAUUGCAUUGCACCCAUGAUAUAAUUAGUGUGUCUCACAGAGGGAACGAAGAAGUAAAACAGACUGGAGUUAGAGGUGACGAGAUAAAGACCGACUCCGACAAUCAAAGCAGCAAUCAAACCGGGUAUGGUAUGACAGAGAAUGAAAAAGAAUGUUCCACUUCCGCAGACAGCCAACACAGUGAAUGUGAGAAAAAAUUAAAUUGUCAACAAUCUGAAUCCCAGGAAGUGACUUUGGAUCCAUUCCUGCAACCUGAAUCCAAGUUAAUUUCAACAAACCCUGAAACAGAGCAGUGUAUUAAAAAGAUUGAGAAACUUUUGUGCAAACAACAAUCCUUUUUGGAGCAGAAUUAUCCUGAGUUGGCAGUGAACUUUAAGAAACUUUGUUCCAGUAUUGGAUCUCUCAGCAGUCAACUAAUAAACUCUUUUCAACCAUUGUCCUCAUCAAAUACUGCACUUAACCAAUCAGGAGGGAGCUCUCGACAAAAGGAAUGUGAUAUGACACUGUUCCAAUCUUCAAAUCUUAAAUCUAUUAUGAAAAAGAAAGACGGAAAUGUCAAAUCGAGGGUUCCCCCAGCCAAAAAAAACCUUCAGUUUAUUGGUGUAAAUGGCGGCUACGAGAGCACAUCGAGUGAAGAUUCCAAUUCGUCAGAAAGUGCAGACAGUGACACGGAAAAGGAUUGUGACAAUACAGCAAAUGAAACCCAACCCAUGAACAACAAAGCAGAGAUGUCCAAGGAUACAGAGGGAGCGGAGCAUGGCAAAACUCAGUCGACAAGAACAAAUGCUGAUGUCAAUGUUAUGCAACACGUCAGUAAAAGGUCCGAUUUGAAAUUGGGCCUCAUCUCUGCUUGUCUUAAACUGAAGGAUCACCUCAAUGAACUGGAGGUCACGAAUGAUAAAGCCUUGAGGCAGAAUUUAAACGCGGUUCAGCGGGAAUGGUUCAGGAUUUCCAGUCAGAAACCCGCAACACCUGAGACUGUUCAAGAAUUUCUUCGAGAACUCCAAGAGAUGUCACCAGAUCUCCUUCACACUGUUGUAAAUUUGGCCGAUGAAAAUCAGAACACCGCACUCCAUUACAGUGUCUCCCACUCCAACUUCCCUAUUGUGAGACUCCUACUGGACACAGGGGUAUGUAACGUGGACCAUCAGAACAAGGCAGGAUACACUGCAACAAUGUUAGCUUCACUAGCUUCUGCUGAAACAGCUGAAGAGUUGGCAGUGGUCAGGAAGCUUCUGCAUUUGGGAAAUGUCAACGUCCAAGCUACUCAGGCCGGUCAGACAGCCCUGAUGCUGGCUGUCAGUCAUGGAAGGAGCGAUAUGGUUACAGCUCUCCUAUCUUGUGGUGCUGAUAUAAAUAUCCAGGAUGAUGACGGAUCCACUGCACUCAUGUGCGCAUGUGAGCAUGGAAAUGUGGAGAUGGCUAAGCUGCUUUUAGCUCAGCCACGGUGUAACACUGCAUUAACUGAUAAAGAUGGCAACACUGCUUUGACCAUUGCACAGCAAGCUGGGCAGAAGGACAUUGUUGUACUGUUGAACACCCAUGUGGAUUGUGGCAUGUCAUAGACUCGUAGAGUCAUACAGCACGGAAACAGACCCUUCGCUCCAACCAGCGCAUGCUGACCACAUUCCCAAACUAAACUAGGCCCAUCUGCCUGCUUUCGGCCCAUAUCCCUCCAAACAUUUCUUAUUCUUAUCCAAAGGCCUUUUAUAAGUUGCAACUACACCCAUAUCCACCACUUCGUCUGGAAAUUCACUCCACACAUCACUGUGUAAAACAAAAAUGCCCUUCCUGUCUUUUUUUUUAAACCUAUCUCCUCUUAUCUUAAGAAUAUGCCCCCUUGUCUUGAAAUGCCCCACCCUGGGGAAAAGACAUCUGCCAUUCCCCUUAUCCAUACCCCUCAUGAUUUUUACAAACCUCUGUAAGGUCACCUCACAACUUCACAUGCUCCAGUGGAAAAAGGUCCCAGCCGAUCCACCCUUAUAACCCAAACCCUCCGUUCCCGGCGACAUCCUGGUAACUCCUGCUUUCUAUAUUCUCUCCUAAGCCAUUUAUAUAAAUGACAAAAAUGGACCCAGCACCAAUCCCUGUGGAACACACUAAGUCUGAGGCCUGCAGUCCAAAAAACAAUCUUCCACCAUCACUCUUUGAUUCUCACCAUUAAGCCAAUUUCGUGUCCAAUUGGCAAGCAAACCCUGAAUCCCAUGUGAUCUAAUUUUACCAAAUAGUCUACUGUGCAGAAUGUUGUCAAAAGCUUCAGUAAAGAGCAAGUAAACAAUGUCUAUCGCUCUGCUGUCAUCAAUCUUCUUGGUGUUACUUAUUCAAAAAACUCAGUCAAGUCUGUGAGACAUGAUUAUACAACAUCAUGCUGACCAUCUCUAAUCAUUCCUUGUCUCUCCAAAUGCAUAUUAAUCCUAUUUUUUCAGCAACUUACCCACCAUUGAAGUCAGAUUCACAGGUCUAUAGUUCCCUGGCUUCUACUUACACCCCUUCUUAAACAGAAGCACACAAUUUGCCACUCUCCAGUCAUUUUGCACCUCAACUGUAUUUAUAGAUGGUGCAAAUAUUCCUGCAAGGGGCCCUGCAAUUUCCUCCCUAACUUCCAACAAAGUCCUGAGAUAGACUAGAUGAGUUGCCAAAGAUUUAUCUACCUUUUAUAUUUUCCAAGACCUCCAGCACUUCCUCUUCUGUAAGGCGAACUAUUAUCAAAACAUCAAUAUUUAUUUCCCUAAGCUCUCUGACCUCCAUUUCUUCCUCUACAGUAAAAACUGAAGUGAAAUAUUCAUUUAAUAUCUCUCCCAUCUCCUGAAGUUCAACACAAAGACAACCUUCUUGAUCUUUAAAAGGCUUUAUUCUCUUGCUGUUCAUGUAUUCUUUGAAUUAGCCUUAACCUUAUUUGCCAAGGCUAUCUCAUAUCCUCUCUUUGCCUUCCUGAUCUCCCUCUCAAGAGUGCCCCUACACUCUUUAUACUGUUCCAAUAUAUUCAGUUGAUGCCAGUUGUUUAUAUCUAUUGUAUGAUUCUCCUACCUUUUUAAUUUACAUUCCAUGCUGCCCCUGUUAUUCCUUCACAAUGAGAAGCAAUCAGUUUCAAGGCAUUUAUUUUGAUCUGGUUGUUAUGCACAGCACAACUUCACAUCUCCUAAUUGCUCAUUUGAAAGCUCUGACAACAUUUUGAAUUAAUUGAAUUAUCCCAAUUAUUUCAAUUUAGGAUAAUAAAGUGUGAAGCUGGAUAAACACAGCAGCCAAGCAGCAUCCUUCCCCCACCGCAUCCCAAAACCAGCCCAGUUCGUCCUGUCCCCCCACAUCACACAGCCAGCCCAGCUCAUCCCUUCCCCCACCGCAUCCCAAAACCAGCCCAGUUCGUCCUGUCCCCCCACAUCACACAACCAGCCCAGCUCAUCCCUUCCCCCACUGCAUCCCAAAACCAGCCCAGCCUGUCUCUGCCUCCCUAACCUGUUCUUCCUCUCACCCAUCCCUUCCUCCCACCUCAAGCCGCACCUCCAUUUCCUACCUACUAAUCUCAUCCCACCUCCUUGACCUGUCCGUCUUCCCUGGACUGACCUAUCCCCUCCCCACCUAUACUCUCCUCUCCACCCUCUUCUUUUCUCUCCACCUUCGGUCUGCCUCCCCCUCUCUCCCUAUUUAUUCCAGCUCCCUCUCCCCAUCCCACCCUCUGAUGAAGGGUCUAAGCCCAAAACAUCAGCUUUUGUGCUCCUGAGAUGCUGCUUGGCCUGCUGUGUUCAUCCAGCUUCAUACUUUAUUAUCUUGGAUUCUCCAGCAUCUGCAGUUCCCAUUAUCUCUAUUUCAAUUUAGGCUUUAGUUUGUCCUCUUCAACCAGCUAUUUAAAAGGUGCAUUUAUGUGUGAUAAUCCAUCUUGAAUUGCUUCUCCCAUCAGAUCUUCCCAUCUUCACAAAGGAAGCUGACUGUUCCAGAUAUACAACUUCUAAUAAUUUUGUAAAACUCCUUCCCUGAUUCAACACAAUCAACACUAAAUUCUGAGUUGCAUGUAUGUUGCCAAAUUAAUCUUGUGCAAUCAUCUCUGAAUGCCCUAAUAUUUAAGAUACAUAAGAGUGAUGAUUCACAUAACUAAAUUGUGCUAAUCCCAUUUCAGUUCUGAUUAAAAUAUUCAAGCACAAUGCUCACUGUAAAAUAAAGGAUUAAUACAAACUGUUAAUAGUUAACACUGUUCAUUAGUAAUAUUCAUAUGCUUGCAAUCUCUUCAAGUUUGUGUAUUUUACAAAGAUUUUUGGAAAGCAGAAGAACUUAUUGGUGAACAUGCAUUGUCAUUGAGCUGAAAUGUGAUGGAUUCAACAAUAACUACAGUGCCAAAUCACUUGCCAUUUUACUCUCAUCACCUAAGCAGAAUUUUGUUCAUUUGUAAUGUUUCUUGCUUAUGAAAAUUCAGUGUCUUUAUGUAUCACUAGCUAACAUUAAAUCUUGUC